AUGUCGAGUUAUCAUGGCGAGCACACCGGCACCUUCACUUAUUGUGUUUGUGAGAUCGUGCUCAUGCGCCACGGACGGUCCGUGGACGCACUAAUGUCCGCGAACCUUAGCAGACUGCUCGAUGAGCUUGCUCGUGAUCUCAUGACUCAGAUUGCGGCGGCGACGGCCAACUUCGUGGAUGCUGCGGGCCAGGCCAGCAAUGUGGAAAUUCAGGCUCUUUUGUUUGGAGUGCUGGGUGCUCGAGGGGAGGGCAGCCAGAUCCGCCGGCGGAUCCGUGCUGGUGUGAUGUCGAAGAAAGCAGCUGGGAAACGGCUGCCAAGGAGCCUCUCUUCGAAGAGCCUUCCCGCCUCUGGGAAAGAAGAGAGCGGUACCCCGGAUCCCAAGCACUUCCUCCUGACAACGGCUCGCAAAAGCCUCGAGAACGUUCUUGAAGGAGCUGUGGAGACGCCUACGGACAAAGACACGAGGAACCUCAAGAAGAGCAAGAAAGAAGCGAAAAGCAAGAAGGAUGAGAAGGACAAAGACAAGAAGAAGUCAAAGAAAAAGAAGAAGAAGAGCACCUCGGAGAGCUCCAGCAGCGACAGCUCGCAGCAGGAGGCAUCGGACGAGGUUGCCUCCGAUGACAUGUUAGCUGAGGCUGCUUCCCUUUUCGGUUUGCGGCAGAAGGACCUGCUUCGGGGUGCUUCUGUGACUCGCCUAGACGACCUCUCAGCCCGCCAGCUAGCCUAUGUGGUCAGUGGUUGCACUUCGGCUCUACCGGCGGCUGAUGUACUAGAUCUUGGUGGGCAGUUGGAAAGUCACCAGGUGGACCGCCUACAGAGAGCACGCAAAACCAAGCAGCGGGAGGAAGAGAACGAAGCUUCUGUGAAGGUUGGCAUCCCUGUCAUCGCCCGAGUGGGCACUGGGAAGCAGCUCAAUGCUCUGCCGCUCACGAAUUGCCAGAAGCAGAGCUGGAACAGCCGCAACUUCGAGAAGAUUCUGACAGACACUGUCCAGAAGCUUUCCCAGGAAGCCAGCAAGGAGCUGCAAGACUGCUUGCUCGGCAAUGAGUCGAAGCGAAAGGCCGUGCCGGAGGAGCCUGCACGGCACAACAGAAUGAAGCGGGGGGGUCUGAAGCCCCCUGCUUCCCCAGAAGAGGAGGAAUCCCAGGAAGAGGCUGAGGAGGACACGGGGUCCAAACCCAAGACUAGGGGCUCGGGCAGGCAUGCCAAGGACGGCGAAGACGGUGACGACGACGACGACGACGACGACGACGAGGACGACGACGACGAAGACGCAGACCUUUUCGCGGGCCCUUUCAAUUGCCAGACCCCUGCCAAGUCAAAGGGCCUUGGGCUCUUGGACAACCUCACACCCAAGCAGCAGAAGCUGGCAGAUUCCUUCGAGCCUGGCUUGAUGAAGACAUUCCCUGAAGAUUUCUCGAGGUCGGACUUUGUCUGCUUUAUGCAGAUUUUGAACAAGGAAGAGAUUCAUUCGCUCCUCACAGCCAUGGAUGUGUGCCAACUUGAAGGCGACCUCUCGGACCACUUGGGAGAGUCUGAGCAGGAGUACAAGCGCAUGAGUCUCCGUGGCAAGCGGCUGCUUUCUGCCUGGCAGAAGAAGGUUCUUGCCUUGCAGGCUUUCGGAAUGGCGGAGAGAACGUGGUUCCAAGAAAGGAUACGCGAGCUGACCCAGACCCAGCCGGAAUCUCGAGACGUGCUUCGGAAAAAAAUCCAGGGCAAGAUCGAGUUCGUGGAUGCGUGCAUUCAGCAUGGCUGCCAAAACACGGGAGUUCUCUAUCGCUUGCUGACCGACAAGGACGCCGUCCAGAGCUUCCGGGCUAGAUGUUCCGAGUUGGGUUUGCCACUGCGGCCGCAGCUCUUCCCAGCCGAAGACCAGAGCCCCGAAGCGCCAGAGCAGAAGCAGCAGCAGCAGGCAGCCGAAGCGGAGGCCACGUCCACCUCAGCAGGUUCUCCAGAGAAGGUUGGUGUUGGGCUUCAGGUCCGCGGGUGCAAGCCACCCCUGCAGCAGGCAGCCCUGGACUGUCUGGUUCGUGUGCGAAACUACGAAGUCCAACUCGACAGCCUCAGUGAUUUCCUGGACUUCACCAACCUCACGCAGAGGUGGAACUACACCAAGCUCUUCACCAAGGGCCAGCAGAAAAUGCAGACAGGCAUCAAACUGCACGUUCUCACAUGGUUUCUGCUACGUGUUCCCUUCCAAGAUAGCUUCCAGGACAUCAGCUACUCCCGCCUGCAGCGCCGAUUGAUCCACCGCCUCAGCCAAGCAGCCGAGAAACGCUUCCCUACAGUCCUUGUACCAGAACUACCAGUUCUGCAAGCAGAUCACAAGAUGCACCCGGCGAAGAAGGGAGGAGGAUUGGUGGCGGCGACGCCCGACCAAUGCCUGCUCAACAUGGACUUGAAAGGGGUGCUCCCAGUCCACUACAGCAGGACUAUCGCCGACUUCUACUUCAGAUACAUCCGGAAAACCAGCGAGGUUUUGGGACAGGAGAUAUCGAAGAUGAAGCUGAAGAGUUUGAGUAUCCUCUGUGUUUGGCUUCCAGUGCUGUGCUGCAAUGACUUUGCAGCAGUGGGCACGCUGCAAAAGCUGGCCCCUCUCCACUUCAGCGAGGAGCAGCUGCUGGCGGUGCACAACUGCAUCCAGCAUGUAGGCUUCAGCUUCGACCAGAUCUGGCCCGAAGAAGGCCUCCGCCCCAUCGACCCCUUGAUUGAGACCAGGCUCUCUCACGAGUUUGAGGGGGAAACCAGGACGUAUGUGCAUAACGCGAUCACGAAGGAGUGCCACUGGGAGCCUUUGAACGGGGAGCACUACCGCCUCGUUUUGGCGCCGGACGAGGGAUCGUCCUUGUUCACAGGAUUUAUGUUUCUGGCUUCCAAAGGGGCUGCCAUUGGAUUCAACCGAGACGAAAGGAACGGCCUCACGCCAACUGAGAACGAAGAUGAAGAUUUCGAGAAUGUCGUCGGCAUCCUCUCCAAGUUGGUGAAGCCGCCUGGCUUUCCGUGUCCUUUCCCUAGCCUACAAAGCUGGAGUCAAUCCGUUUCACAUCCUCUCCAAGCAGACGGAUGUGGAGGCUCCUGA